UCUAUCUCUCAUCCUCAUUGAGGCUGUUCAUCGAAAUUCCAAGCAAAGAUGGAUAGCCAAUCUGCACCUAAAUCUCUCUUAUGCAUCUCUCUUAUCCUUCUUUACAUUUCUUCUGCCCAAGCUUUUAAUAUCACUAAAUUACUUGCUUUUUAUGAUCCUACAUACAGCACCUUCAACAGCUAUUUGACUCAAGCAAAUCUUGCUUCUGAUAUCAACAGACGCCAAACAAUAACCGUACUUGCUGUUCCUAACUCUGCCAUGAAAUCACUAGAAGGAAAAUCGAAAGAUGUGAUUAAAGAUGUUAUGAGUUUGCAUGUCAUUCUUGAUUACUUUGAUGAUCAAAAAAUUCACAAGCUUUCAAAGAAAACAGCUCUUUUAACCACAUUGUUUCAAUCUAGUGGUAUUGCUGAUGGACAACAAGGGUUCUUGAAUGUUACAGUUUUAAGCUCAGGUGAGGUUGCUUUUGGUUCGGCUGUUAAAGGUGCACAACUUGAUGCCCAGCUCGUUAAAUCAGUGGCGGCUCAACCAUACAACAUUUCCGUAUUGGAAGUUAGCUCCCUCAUAAUUCCACAAGGAAUUGACAACUCGCCACCAUCUCCUCCACCACCACCUUCCGCUGCACCUGCCCCCGCCCCCACUAAAUCAAAGAAAGCUCCAGCUCCUACACCAGCCAAGGCUCCUAAAUCUUCUAAAUCACCUGCACCAGCACCAGCAGCUGAUUCUCCAGCAGCCGACGUUCCAUCACCCGCUGAAGCACCUGCUGAUGCACCUGCUGCUGAUGCUCCCACACCUGCUGCAGGUCCUGUUGCUGAUGCUCCAGCUGCUGAUAAACCUGCAGAUGAUAAAUCAAAGUCUGCUGGUACACGUGCGGGUGCCAGUUUGGUUCUUGGUGGAGCCGUCUUGGUGAUCGCUGGUUUCCUAUCUAGUUAAAUAGUUUGAAUGAUGAAGAAUAUUGAAGAAGGAUUGAAAACACGAAGGGUUAGAUCUAAGGGAUUAAGACUUUGCAUAUGUAACUGCUAAUCUCUAAUUACUAUCAUUUGAUGGUUUGUUCCGUUAAUUAUUAUAUUAUAUUCAUGGAACGAGAGGAAAAAAAAAAGAGAGAAAUUGGUGUAAAUUGUAUCCAAAAAAAUCUUUUUAGAAAGUUACUGUAUUUUCAUAAUAUAAAAGCACCGCACCUCCAAUUGAGGGUGUAUUUAGACCUUCAUGAAUGAGGCUUUAUUUACACAUUUCACAAAA